AAAUCACCUUAUAUCUUUUGUUAUUUAAUAUUUUUUAUAAUAUAAAAUAAAAAUAAUUUAAUAUUUUUUUAAUAGUAUAAAAAUAAAAAUAAUAAAAACAAAAGUAACAAUAACAGUAAUAAAAUGAAUUUUACCAAAUCUCAGGAUAUUGUAUCAGAGAUUGAAAGAAUUAAUGGUAUUUUAACCGAUAAUUUUAUAAAGCAUCAAGAUGAAAUUAAAAAAUUACACAAAGAUAUUGACGAUUUAACAAAACAAAAGAAUGAAAUUCAACAAAAGUAUCAAGCAUUAUUAAACGGAAAUACUAAUGGAGAUCAAGAAGAAUCUUUAAAAAACAAUAAUUUAGUCAAUAACUCGAGUGAUAAUAAACAACAAAUCAUCAAUGAAAUCGAAAAAGAGUAUUCAUUGAUUAUAAAGAAUCAAGAGUUAGAAAAUAAAGUUAAAGAUUUAGAAAAUGAAAUAACAACUUUAACAAAUCAAAUUAAAAAUAUCGAGAAUGAAAAAUUAAUUAAAGAAAUCGAGGACCAAAAAUUUGAAAUUAAACAAUUACAAAAUUUAAUCAACGAACAAAAGCAAUCUAUUAAAUUACUUCAGGUAUAUGAGUUUAAAGAGGGUAAAUUGGUCGAGGAAAGAGACUCCCUCCAAGCCAAAUUAGAUAAACAAAUUAGCAACUCAACUCAAUUACAAGAGCAACUAUUAGAAAAAGAUCGUUUGGUUGAAGAGUUAAAACAAAAAGCUGAAUUAGGUAGUUCUGGAAAUUUUGAAAACAUGGUAUCAAACGAGAACCACCAAAAACUCAUUAAAGAUUUCCAACAGCUUCAAAUGAAGGUCGAUCUCCAAAACGAAUUAAUUCCAAAGCUCGAAACCACCCUUGAAUCCGAAAAGCAAGCUUUAAUUCAUCUCACAUUUGAACACAAUCAAACAUUAGAGAAAUUGCGUUGUAAAGAAGAUCAAUUAGAAUCAAAUAUUGAAAAGUUAAAAUCAAACCAACAUGAAAAUGAAAAAUUAUUAAUCGAAAUUCAACAAUUAAAAGAUCAACAACAACAGCAACAAUCUGAAGAUACUAAACAAGUAGAGACCACCAAGGAAACAUCAUCAAAUGAAGAAUUAAAUAAUAUCAAAAAUGAAAAUGAAAAGUUGUUAAAUGAAAUUAAGGAGCUCAAUGAAUCUAAAGAAAUACUAGAAAAAGAAAUAAAGGAAAAAAAUGAAAUUAUAGAAAAAGAAAAAGAUGAAACAUCAUCCGUAUUUGAAAAUGAUAAGUUAAAAUUUGAACAAGAAAUUAAUGAUUUAAAAAAGCAACUAUUAGACAAAGAUACUCAACAAUCAAAUGAAAAAGAAGGUUUAAUCGACGAAAUUCAAUCAUUAAAACAAUUGCAAGAUAAUGUUGAAAAAGAAAAAGAUGAGUUAAAGAGUGCUUUAAAUACCGAAACUCAACAAUUAAAAGAACAGAUUCAAGAAUUACAAGAAAGUAUCAAAAAAGAAUCAACUGAAAAGCAAGUUUUUGAAAAAGAAAAAGAGCAAUUGCAACAAGAAAUUGUACUUUUAGAGAAAGCUAUUGAAAAUGAAAAAACUGAAUUAAAAGAAGUCUUUGAAAAAGAUACUCAAAUUUUAAAAGAUCAAAUUAAGAAUUUAGAGAUCACCAUCAACAAAGAACAGUUAAAAGAAAAAGAGCAACAUGAUCAAGAAAAGCAAGAACUAACACUAAAAAUCGAGCAAUUGGAAAAAGAGAUUCAGGACGAGAAAUUAAAAUCAUCAUCAAAUGAAAAACUAAAUCAACUUGAAAGUGAAUUGAAAGAAAAGGAUCAACAAUUAAAAGAAAAGGAUGAACAAUUAAAGGAAAAAGAAAAGCAGCUUGAGGAUUUAAAUAAACAGGAUGAUGCUAUUAAAAAAGAAGAGGAGUUGAAGCAACAAUUAGAAAAAGCAAAAGAGGAUUCUCAACAUUUAGAAAAAGCAAAUAAAGAACUCAAUGAGCAAUUUGAAAAAUUAAAACAAGAUAGGGAUCAAGAAAAUAUUCAAUUGUUAGAGAAAAUUAAACAACUAGAGGAGUCACUAGAAGCUGAAAAACAACAUAAUACUAAUAAUAAUGAAAAUGAAUCAGAUCAACAAGAAAAAGAUGUAAUUAUUCAAGAGUUAAAAACCAAAUUAGAUGAUCAAGUUAAAAGCAGAAUCGAUAUGCAGGCUUCAUUUCAACAAGAAAGAGACUCUAAUAGAAAUCUUUUAGAUAGACUUCAAGAAAAAGAUGCAGAACUAGAGGCUCUUCACCAUUCAGCUGCCAAAAUUAAAAACCUCGAACAUCUCAGUCGUGCACAACAAGAUAAAAUUAAUCAAUUGGAAAAUCACAUAAAAGAAAUUUACCAAAGUGACAGCGAGCCAACCAAUAAUACUUCAACCACCAGUACAACCACAACAACCACAACAAAUGGUAUAAGAUUUGUAGAUUCAAACGAAGAUCAAACUUUUAUUGCCCAAUCUAUGGAUGAUGAUCAUAACACCAAUAGAACUAAUAUACGUCAUAGUACUGAUGGUGUUAGAAGAGUCCAUGAUGAAGAGCACUCAAAUGAUGCAUCAACUACCGAUAUUUCCUCAUCAUCGACCUCAUUACCAAUUAUACAACCUGCUUCUAAAAAUGUGGCUGAUAUCGUCGAGGCUCUAAUUGAAUCUGGUACACCACCAAUCUCAUCAGCAAUUCCAAAUUUUAAUGUAGAACCAUUGGUAGAUUUAGAUAUUAAUAGCGAAAAUAAAGAAAAUAAAGAUAGCGAAAAUGAAGAAGAAAUGUUUUAAAUAAAUAAAUAAAUAUAUAAAUAAAUAAAUAAAUACAUAUAAAUACAGAUUUAAAAUAGCAAUAAUGAAAAUAAUAAAAAAAAAAAUUUAAUUACAAAAAAAUUUAAUUAC